AUGUUACGUGCCGAUGUUAAUGACGUUAUAUAUCGUUCGUCUUUACGACUUUCACGUGUGCUAGAUGAUAUCGGAAUCAGCAAGAACAUUGUGGACAUGCGCAGAGAGACAUAUGCAUUAAUGGAAAAGUUGAACAACGAAGUGUCAGAAGCACGUGGCUGGAACUUCAAACAUUUCUAUGUCGGAAGUCAACGGGAAGGAAGCGUUAUCCCGGGGACGGCCUCGGACGUGGAUAUCCUUUCUUGUAACAGAGACGUUUCAGUUUGGAGGGAUUGGGCAGACUGGGAGAACGGGCGGGACAAUAGGCGCAUUCUACAGCCAUCUUACCUCCCGCCUCAGCACUGCGUCGUACAGCUUAUUCGCGAUGACAAGCCACUUCCUAUCAGGAAUGUUGAUAAUACGCCCCCGGGUGUCGCUAGGUACUGUCACGUAGAUGACCGAGGGCGAAUUCUAUUACUUAACACCUACCUUGAUCACGAAUUCGCAAGAAUUUAUGAAAAUGUUGGUUUGAUGCUUCGAAAAACUGGACCUUCCAAAGGAUGGUGUCGAGAGCUAGAUUUUGUUCCAUGGAACAAAUGCCGUUCUGUACCAGACACGUGUAUGACAUGGAUUGACAGACGUCGGCCUGGCCACUGGCCUACUCUGGCUAUGCUCGAGGAGGCGAAAACCAUUGACUGGUUCAUCAUACCCGCUGGCCACCCUGAUAGCCCAACGCAAGGUCUAGAGUGGAGGUUCGCUCCCAACCUCAUUGAGAGAAUGUUGUUUUUAAGUCUCAGAAAUGUGCAUGUUAAAUGUUACGUUGUUUUGAAAAUGAUUAAAGAGACGAUAUUCAAACCAUUGGUUGGCGGCAAUUUAACAAGUUUUCAUCUGAAGACCGUUCUUUUUCGUACCGUCGAACAGACUCCGGAUGAUCUUUGGAAUGAAGAAAACUUGAUCAAGUGCAUUCACAGCUGUAUCAUAACGCUCUACCGCUUUCUUAAGGCGGGUGUUUGUCCACACUUUAUUCUCACGGGUUUGGACGUAUUUGCGGGGAAGUUGAGAAAACACGAACAAAUCAGAUUGGCCAAUGUCGUGCGAACAGCGCUAGGCGACGGUUUGGAAAGCUUGAUUUACCGACUCCCAGAGGUUGGGGCGCGUCUUUCUCGCUUGAAUAACACGGGAAGAUACUUACAUGGAGAGUUCCCUUCUCGUUAUCAGCGGCAUAAAUCCAUUUGUGAUAAACUUGAUAAUCAACGAGUGAAGUGUAUCAGGUGGAAGAACCAAAUGACAGAAUAA